CGUUGACGUUUUGUGAGCUCGGAGGGCAGCGAACGGGAGAGGCAGCAGAGACAAACCGAACCUGGAGUUGCCACCUUCGCCUGAACUCGGUGUCUGGUUUCUCUCAGUAUCAUUUUUCUCAGUAUCCCUCAGAAGCUUUAAAUUGUGUUCAUCAUUCGGUCUGAACAAUCAGAAAAAAUACACGUCAUUUAACUUUUAAAAUUGCUUCUCCAUCGUCAGUUUUGAUAUAAUCCUGACCGCCCCUUCAAUUCCUCAUUUCUGCCAAAUCCCUGUCCAUCUAAGAAUGGAGCUUCCGUUUGCUUUUGUCUGGAAAAUUUCGUUCCCUAGCCCUCCCUCUUCGAGUUUCCCUUUAAUGCGUUCUUCACAGAACAGUUUGGGAAUGGCUAAGCUUCUGAGAAAAUACUUGCGCUUGACAAGUUUUAUGCAGCAUAUGGGAUGUGACAACUAGUGUGGAAAUUUCAUGGUUGGUACCUGAUUCAAAGCCAUGGGAACGGAAACGAUGGGCACUCUCCGACAGUGUCCAAUGGUGUCCAAGACUGAGUGAUUUACAGAAUGCUUGGUACCUGUCUAAGAUUGAACAAUUCCGGCGUUGCCCGGCGGUGGAUGACGAUGAGGGCUGUGCAUUUCCGACUUCCUUCUCCGACCGCUGGGAAUUUGGUUGCGAGAUUGAAUGGACGGUCAAGAUUAUGAUACAAUGGACGGUGGAGAUGCAAUUUUAAAAGCUUGAUGAUGUGUCUCUUUCUGACAUGCCAAGAUCAAUUGGACGGACAGGAUCAGCGACGCUGAGGGACACUGAGAGGAAAAGCCGCUGAGAGGAUCUGCUUCCCCUGAACUCAGCUCCUUUUUUUCCACUUCCCAAAUUUCAUCCACAGUCCUGAAGGAGGGCUGAACUUCCUCUCGGUUGAUCAUCCCGGGGCCCCGGACGAUCUAGAACAAUUAAGUUAUCGCUUCCUUGAUUAUGUAAAACUCUUCGUAUGAUUCAUUGAUCUAAAAUUUUUUUGAUUCCUAUGGCAACAACAAGGCUUUUCUUGUACGAUCAACUAAGCCACUCUCAUAGAACCGCCUUUGCUGCGGUUUUCGUGAUCUUGUUGCCGGUUUUUGUUCCCAAUCUGUUCGGUCCUCUAGGUGGUGCGUCGCCUUCAAUGUUCUCUGAGUGGAAUGCUCCAAAACCGAUGCACGAAACUCUACUAGAGGGUGCUUUGCAGCGCCAAAUUUUUCAGUCUGUUGAUCAACAAAUCAGCCUCUGGUCUCCAUUGGCCAGCGAGGGAUGGACGCCCUGUAGUGAGUCUCCGAAAUUACCUUCUAAACCUGAAAAGUCUCAGGGUUAUAUCCAGGUUUUCCUUGAUGGAGGGUUGAACCAGCAGAAGAUGGGGAUUUGCGAUGCUGUUGCUGUUGCUAAAAUUUUGAAUGCGACACUUUUAAUUCCACAUUUUGAAGUGAAUCCUGUUUGGCAAGAUUCAAGUUCAUUUGCAGAAAUAUUUGACGUGGACCACUUCAUUAAUGCCCUUCAUGAUGAUAUAACUAUAGUAAAAGAACUUCCCAGCGACUAUUCUUGGAGCACAAGGGAAUAUUAUGCCACGGGCAUAAGGGAUACCAGAAUCAAAACAGCUCCAGUUCAUGCUACUGCCGACUGGUAUACAGAAAAUGUCCUGCCCGUGCUUAAAAGUUAUGGAAUUGCUGCUAUUGCACCAUUCUCUCACCGUUUGACUUUUAACAACUUGCCACCAGACAUCCAGCGUCUUCGUUGUAAGGUCAACUUUGAGGCUUUGGUUUUUGUUCCUCAUAUCAGGGAAUUAGGAGAGACCAUUGUUCAUCGUCUUCGCCAUAAUCCUAGUAUAAAUGAAGUAGCAGGGAAUGGGCAUAGGCUGGAAAGGGCUAAAAAGUCUGGAAAUCAGCAGACUGGAAAGUUCGUUGUGUUGCAUCUGCGUUUUGACAAAGAUAUGGCUGCUCACUCAGCCUGUGACUUUGGUGGUGGAAAAGCUGAAAAACUUGCUCUUGCCAAGUAUCGGCAGGUGAUCUGGCAAGGAAGGGUAUCAAAAUCUCAAUAUAGCGAUGAAGAGUUGAGAAACCAGGGCCGUUGCCCGCUUACUCCUGAAGAAAUAGGAUUGCUCUUGGCAGCUUUGGGGUUUAACAAUAAAACGCGGCUUUAUCUUGCAUCCCACAAGGUUUAUGGUGGCAAAGCUAGGAUAGCCGCUUUAAGCAACUUAUUUCCUCUAAUGGAAGAUAAGAAGAGCCUAACCUCGGCUGAUGAACGCUCCAAGGUUGAAGGCAAGGCAUCUUUGUUAGCUGCUGUUGAUUAUCAUGUGAGCAUGCACAGUGAUAUCUUCAUUUCUGCUUCCCCAGGCAACAUGCACAAUGCUCUGGUCGGACAUCGAGCUUAUCUGAAUCUCAAGACUAUCAGACCAAACAUGGCACUGCUGGGUCAGCUAUUUCAGAAUAAAAGCAUGGACUGGCUAGGAUUUCAACGUGCAGUGCUGGAUGGGCAUAAGAACAGACGAGGGCUGAUCAGAUUAAGGAAGGAUACGCAAUCAAUUUAUACUUAUCCUGCUCCUGAUUGCAUGUGUAGAGCUUGACGGGAACUAGUUACUUCUAGCACUUGUUAAUUAAUCCAUUGUGCUGCGUCAUGCAGCGAAUCCCUGCACUGUUUCCACUAUUUGUGUGCCACCCCAUGGUUUUGACCAACUAUCGCACAAGAUUCAAAAUCAAAGUAAGAUUUUUUUUUUUUGUGUGAGUAAA